AUGGCGGCACAAGUUGUUCAAUGUAAUAAUACAAACUACCGCCGUGUGCCGCUUUGAAACACAACACACACCUAGAUGGCCACUGACGUCAGGGUGUCCCAUUUAUCCAUAUACUGGUUAAUGUUUUACAGCUUGGAGUUGGUGCAGACUAGAGUGACGUCAUGAGGGUUCUAAAGGCUAUCUUCAAGCUUCUUCCCAUCAUCCUAACAGUGGCGGUGAUCGCAUAUAUCUGGUCAGGCGAACAUUGGGCCCUAUGGGCUCAAACUUCAAAAAUCCCACUACCCGGCUACUUACCAGCAUAUGAAUUUUCAGCAGGCACAACUGGAGGAAUACGUAUCGAGUCCACGACUAACAAAUAUUUGGCAGUAUCCAAUGAUUACGAGAACGAAGUGACGCCCACCAAUGAAAUGAGGCCUUCCAUUCCUACUGCCGUCUUCAUAUUUACCCAGAUGAGAAGCGGCUCCUCAUUCGUCGGAGAAAUCUUCAACCAACAUCCGGGGUCUUUCUACCUGUUUGAACCUCUUUGGGCAGCUCAGUACUACGACAACGGGACAUACAACGUCCCAGAAUGGCAGCUAAAACUACUCCAAGGAAUAGCUAGUUGUGAAUUCGAUAGUCUUGAAGGCAUCAUGGACUAUUUCCUAAAAGCUCCAACCUUUGCAGUGGUCCAAAGAACCCCGUCUUUGACAAAACUAUGUAAGAGCUAUUCUCAUUCCAAACGGGGAACACCCAACAUCUCUGGCUCUGUUUGUCCCAUUCCAAGAGAUGCAGUAGCUUCUGCUUUGAACGAGGCGUGUCAAAAGUCGCAGCUAAACGUCGCGAAGAUCAUACGGAUCUGGGACAUCAACUUCUUUGAACAAAUCGUGACAAAUGGGUCGGAAACCGGUCGGGAAGUCAAAAUCCUCCACCUCAUCCGGGAUCCUCGCGCCGUGACCGCUUCACAGAUCAGAAUUUUCAACAAAGACGAACCGACUCCGUUUGCAGAAGACUUUGUGGAUGAAACGAAAACAGAAAAUCUCUGUAAGCAAUUGGUAGAAAACGUACAGACCCAAGAUGGCGUCCCAGACUGGCUGCUCGGUCACUAUGCCCUAAUAAGGUAUGAAGAUGUUGCCAUGGCACCGGCCGCCAUGACGGAGAAACUGUAUUAUUUCAUUGGAACCGAAGGUGACGAGGCUGUCUCUAAUUGGCUGGCGAAAAACACAAACGCCACGAAGCCGGAUAAAAAUGUGUAUUCCCGGAAGAGGAACUCCAGGGACACUGUUGACGCCUGGAGACGGAAUCUGAGCCUGUCCGCGGUGCUGAAGAUUCAGAAGAUUUGCCGGGACGCCCUGGAUAUGUUCGGGUACAGAACCGUGCAGGGACAGGCGGAACUAACCAACCUGAGUCUGUCUCUGGUGGGAGACAUGGACAACAACCUGGUGCAGAUCUCGUGA